CGAUUUCCACGUGCUUCGCCAUUAGACCAUGUCUCCAAAGAAGAAGAAAAYCAGGCACGAGUCGCCACUGACAGGGCAAGCAACCGGCGCGAUUUCGUCCGGUGCGUCAAACAAUAAACGAAGGAAAGCCUCUGGAUCUGCACAGAAGCCCAUGUCGAAGAAGGCACAACUUCGUGCGAAGAARGAAGCGCUAGAAGCAAUGGAGGAAGAACGACUGACAGCGAUGCUGUUCGGCGGUGGGGUCACGAACGAUGGCGGGGCUGCUUCCUCGUCUCUGGUUCCCAUCGACGACUACGAGGAYGCCAGCAACGGAGACAAUGRCGAAGAGGACGAAGCAGAAGCCCCGUUCGAAUUUGAGAUUGAUCGUGCCGGACAGCAAUCGAGCGACGAUGAUGCCGACCCAAAGGAGGAAGAGCUCGGUCAAGCCUGGAACGACGAAGAUGACGACGACGACGACGCAGGAGAACACGCUAUGGUGUUGCAUAGCGAUGAUGGCGGCGACGACGAAAGUGCUGAAGAGGAGGAUGCCCCGGCAUGGGAAGAUGCUGAUGAUGCCAAAGUCGCGUUAAUMGAUGGCAACUCUCGCUUGAAGAAGCUACGUCGCUCACGACAGGAAACCGAGGCCUUGAGUAGUCAUGAAUUGGAACAACGAUUAAGGCAGCGAUACGAAUCUUCCUCUCAAUCUACAGCUCGGACCGACUGGGCAACGAAAACGAAGAAUCGCAAAACAAAAGACGGCGAAGACGGUGAAGAUAAUGACGAGGCAGCUCUUGCUCUUUUUUCGACUUCGAAGUCGCUGCURGCGAGCUCUCGAAAUCAACUCCCACCAAAYAUAUUAGACAUUGUACGCUGUCCCGAUGCCAACCUGGCGGAUCCAAACAAGGCAGUGGUGCGUUGCAUUGAUUUUCACCCAGCGUCUGAUCCAGAGCAACCCCUYAUGUUGACCGCCGGGCUAGAUAAAACGUUGAGAUUUUUCCAAAUCGGGGAAGAGAAGAGUGAAAAGAUUCAUGGAAUUCACUGUGAGUUUAAAAUGUGUUCACGUGUUGGUCGAGUCUGUUCUUUUGUAGCUAYAUKGYAAAACCUCACUUUUUCGUUUCUGCUGCUGUGAAUAACAAAAGUUCCCGAAAUGCCWAUCUAUAGUGCUUCUUUCUUGGGAGAUACUGGCAAGGUCGUGCUGAGUGGACGACGAAAAUUUUUSUAUUUCUACGACAUGAUUUCUGGAAAUGUUGACCACGUCCCAAGCAUUCUUGGACGGGACGAACGAUCAUGGGAACGCCACACUGCAUCCCCAGAUGGAAAACUGAUUGCUUUUGUAGGAAACGACGGAUAYGUAGUUUUGGUGGACUCCCAUUCGAAACAUUUCGUUGGAAGUCUGAAACUCAACGGGAGCGUUCGCACAAUUACGUUCACACCCGACAGCAGCGAGCUUCUUGCUAGUGGAAGCGACGGGGAUAUCUACAGGUACGUGGACGAAUCUGUUUAUCUCAUUGCUUGCUUGCCUAGAUGUUGCAAGGAUUUUUGUCUAGAAGCAAUACUCACAUUGAAAUUCUAUCCCUUUCUUUCUUCUUGCCUACUUUUACUUCAGAUGGGACGUGAAGAGCCGCCGUUGCAUUGAGCGCUUUUCCAACGGUGAUGGAACAAUAACAUCGUCCUUGGCUGCUUCUAAUACCAAUCUAGCCGUUGGGGCAGAGAGUGGAGUGGUCAACCUUUAUUCGGAGCAUCGCGCCCAGCAAUCGCGGGCAUCCUUGAUGGGAGGACUCCAAACAAAGACACCGCUCAAAUCCAUCAUGAACCUCCMGACKUCUGCCGACGUUGUAAGCUUCAAUUCGGAUGGCCAAAUCCUGGCCAUGUCGAGUCAACGCGAACAACACGGCCUGAAACUCUUGCACGUUCCAUCACGAACCGUGUUCUCAAACUGGCCCACGGCUCAGACCCCACUCGGCUACGUUUACAGCCUAAAAUUUUCUCCUGGUUCCAAGUUUUUGGCAGUAGGGAAUGACAAAGGAAAAUGCCUGCUCUACAAGAUUAAGCACUACCAUAAUUAAUAACUAGAAGUUCUUGUAGUAGCAAAUAUUGAUUCUUCGCUUGAUAAAAAAACCAGUUCCGAUGCUGCGUUUGGAGGUUCUGAACAGAGUUCGAUUUUUCGUGCAAGGAGAACCAUUGCUCUCAGUGAUGAGUACUGUASUAAACAAGUUGUUGCCACCUAUCACGUUACUUCGUUAAGAAACACAUGUGYCAUGA